AUGACCUUUGAUUUAGUUCAAGAUAAUCCGAACAUAUCAUUAACGAAACCAACUAAAUCGGAUAUUUCUUUUGCUGGAUCAAAGGUUAUAAUUCUAGGAAAUCCUGAAUUUGGGAAAAAUGGAAAUGUAGGAGACUCAAUUACUGCAUUUUCUCAAGUCAUUAGUCAGCUUAUACAAGAAAAUGGAUUUUCAGACGUUUUUAUAUUAGGAAAACUAUUCGAUUCUCAAUUAUCUUCUGAUUUAAACGAAAUUAAUCUUUUAUCAAACGUUAUAUCACAAAUAAACUGUAAAUUUCAUAUAUUACCAUCAUCACAAGAGCAAAGGAAGAUACAACAACUCCCAAAUAGCGAUAUUGAUUAUAUAAAAACUUUAAUUGCUUCAUUUACCAAAAGAAUUGACUCUGGCCCAAUUAAUUUUUGUUUUACCCACAAUAUUGGAAAUGAAAUUGUGAUUGCUGAAGAUGCCGGAUGUAAUUUUUUAAUGUUUUUAAAAAAUUGCUAUCGCAAUGCAAUUGGAGUACAAGAUUUUCUAAUUAGUUCGUAUGUUGAUGGUAUCUUUGUAGAUUUCAUGCAAAAAGUGGCAUCUACAGGAACAUUUCUUGAUUCUUCUUCAAUAGGAUAUUUAAUCCUAGAUUUUCAAGAAACAGUUCAACUAGAAGUAGUUUCUACUAUACUUCCAGGUAAAUCUCCUCAAAAGAAAUCUCAACCAGCAAAUGAUGAUGAUUGCUGCUGUAAAAUUUGCUAA